UCCAUCAUCAGAUGCGGUCGGAGCUCGGACGCUGGCGGAGUGAUGAGGAGCAGAAGAAGAUGAUGAAGAUGAUGAAGAUGAUGAAUGUGGUGUUUGAGGAGCACUGAGCGCUUCAGGUGGAUCUAAAUGACGGCAGACUCCAGCUGGACUCACAUUCGCCUCAGUUUGGACUCAGCAAAGGAAGUGACCUCAUUUUGGAGGGAAAUCAGCAGCACAGGCAUCACCUCAUCAAUGGAUCCAGUGAAUUCUGGGAUGUUUAGUGUGAAGAUGGAUAAAAAUGUGAAAAUGAAGUUGAUGUUUUCAUUGACUGACGGAGCUGAACGGACAUCAGCACAUGAGAUCCAGCCGAGUCACCCAUGAGCUUUAAUCAGGAGAUACGCUUCGUCCACAGAAUAUGCCACCAUGAACCUGACGCUGAGCGCCGAGUCCGGAUUAUUCCUGACCAACAGCUCCCCGGGGAUGCGGGCCUAUCCCACCACGACAUUUGUACCACAUGACGUCCGGACCGCUCGGCCUGCCAACGAUUCGCUCCUCACGCAGGGCGCCAAUUUGACCGGCAGCCACGAUGCCACGCUGUCGCCCACCGCGACGCCGGACCCGCUGGGCGGCCACACCAUCUGGCAGAUCGUGAUGAUCGUGUUCCUGUGCGGCUCGCUUUCCUUAGUCACCAUUAUCGGGAACAUCCUGGUCCUGGUGUCCUUUAAAGUCAACAAGCAGCUGAAGACGGUGAAUAAUUACUAUCUGCUCAGCCUGGCGUUCGCCGACCUCAUCAUCGGCGUGCUUUCGAUGAACCUCUACACCACGUACAUCAUCAUGGACCAGUGGGCGCUCGGGAACUGGGCGUGCGAUCUGUGGUUGGCCAUCGAUUACGUCGCCAGCAACGCGUCCGUCAUGAACCUGCUGGUCAUCAGCUUCGACAGGUACUUCUCCGUCACCCGUCCGCUGACCUACCGAGCCAAACGGACCACCAAACGAGCCAUGACUAUGAUCGGACUGGCCUGGUCCAUUUCGUUCAUCCUCUGGGCGCCGGCCAUCCUCUUCUGGCAGUAUUUCGUCGGGAAGCGGACGGUCCCGCAGCACGAAUGCUACAUCCAGUUCCUCUCGGAGCCGAUCACCACUUUCUGCACGGCCAUCGCCGCCUUCUACCUGCCCGUCACCAUCAUGACCGUCCUCUACUGGCGGAUCUACAAGGAGACGGAGAACCGCUCCAAGGAGCUGGCCGGACUCAAGGGUUCGGGGAACCAAGGCAGUCCGGAGGAAUCCGUCGGGAAUCCGGGAAGCUCGCGGAGCCACAGCAGUUACGAGCUCCACCCGUCCAGCCAGAGAAGCUCUGGGAAAACCAAAAGGGGGCGGUUUUGGUUUUGGUCGUUGAGUCGGAAAGCUUGGAAGGGUCACGGCCGCCACACGGACCGCAGCGACAGCUGGAAUAAUAACGAAACCGCCGUGUCGAUCGAGCAGUCGGACGAGGAGGAGGAAGACGACGGAGAAGCCGUGUAUUCGAUUUCCGACAACCUCCACCCAACAGAAGACGUGAGACCUUCCAGAAAAGGAUUGUCCGAUCACUCCACCCUGGACUCCAAAGCGUCCGUGAGCUCCAAAGAUCAACCCAACGCCGACAUCUCCAUCAAAGACGCGGCGCUCGCCAAGCGCUUCGCCUGCAAGGCCAAGACGCAGGUCAACAAGCGCAAGAAGAUCUCUCUGGUGAAGGAGAAGAAAGCGGCGCAGACGCUGAGCGCCAUCCUGCUGGCCUUCAUCAUCACGUGGACGCCGUACAACAUCAUGGUCCUGGUGAACGCCUUCUGUGACGAGUGCAUCCCCGCGACGCUGUGGGCUCUGGGAUACUGGCUGUGCUACGUCAACAGCACCGUCAACCCCAUGUGUUACGCGCUCUGCAACAAGACCUUCCGCACCACCUUCAGAUCCAUCCUGCUGUGCCAGUGGCGCCAAACGAACAAACCCAACAAACUGCACAUCCAGCAGAGGCAGUCGGCGGCCCAAUACCGGAAACAGAGUCCUGUGGAAAACUAGAGUUGCCGGGAGGAGCUUUGUGAAGGGCUGAUGAGUUUGUACAGUGUUCAUGUUUAUAGGUGCCUCAGUUGAAGCCAAACACGGAGUGUGUGACUUCAGAAUCAUUGCUGCUGCACCCUGUACAUAUAAACCUAUGGAAAAGAGACUUUUCUUUCCUGUGUUGACAUAUUUGAAACAGAAAGUCUGGGUGGGACAUGCAGUAUUCAAGGGCUCAUGUUUUUUUUGUUUUUUUUUAAUCAAUCCCUUUGUCUAAUCCUACAUUAUUUUCUCACAGGUUUGGCUCAUAAUGUGCAUAUAAUGUGACCCUGGAGCACAAAACCAGUCUUAAGUAUCACGGGUAUAUUUGUAGCAAUAACCAACAAAACAUUUAUGGGUCAAAAUGAUGGAUUUUUCUUUUAUGCCAAAAAUCGUUAGGAUGUUAAGAUCAUGUUCCAUGAAGAUAUUUUGUACGUUUCCUACUGUAAAUAUAUCAAAACUUAAUUUUUGUUUAGUAAUAUGCAUUGCUAACAACUUCAUUUGAACAACUUUAAAGGUGAUUUUCUCAAUAUUUUGAUUUGCAGAUUACAGAUUUUCGUUUAGUUGUAUCUCGGCCAAAUAUUGUCCUAAUAAACCAUACGUCAAUGGAAAGCGUAUUUAUUCAGCUUUCAUGUGAUGUAUAAAGCUCAAUUUCAGAAUUUGACUCUUAUGACUGGUUUUGGGGUUCAAGGUCACACAUAGGUUUUGUUUUGACUUAAAUGUUAAAGGAAGAGUUCACCCAAAAUGGUCAUUCUGUCAUUAUUUACACACCUGCAAACCUUCCUUUCUUCUUUUGAACACAAAAGAAGCUAUUUUGAUGAAUGUUAGGAACCGAACAGUUGCUGGUAGCCAUAGAAACAACACUAUGGAAGUUAUUGGCUAUUAGCAACUGUUUGUUUUGUUCCAUCCCUGGAUGUUCUGUGAUUCUUCAUGUCGUGGUUCUCUGUGAUCUUGGACUUUCAGCUCUGAAUUGUUUUACCGCUGAAACGAACUUCUGCUGAGUUUGAUUUCACCCUCAUGAAUGUUUUAAAAAUGUAUUUCCACUUGAAGUCAAGUGCACACUACAAAACCGAAGCACUUCAUGAUUUUAGGGUAACACUUUAUUUCAACAGUGAUCUUUAGACAUUCUACUGACUGUAAGUAUCUUUGCAGCUCCAUGUCAACCAGCUCUCAUCAGACUGUCUGCUUAAUAUCUGCUAACAGUGUAUUGUGAUGGUCCUCAACAGACAUUCUGCUGACUGUAAAUAACUUUGCAACCAGUGUUGGGGGUAAUGCAUUACAAGUAACACAAGUUUUUUUCAAGUAACUAGUAAUGCAUUACUUUUUAAUUUACUUACUUUAAGUUACUUUUUCAAAUAAGUAACGCUGGUUACUUUGUUUUCCCGUUUAAUUGCUGACAAGUCUGUCCCCAUGUUGAGACAAAUCAGGAGUAAGUGCAGAGGUCUUUAUCAAAAUGAAUUAAAACAGAAAUGCAAACUCAGAAUAUGACGCAAAAAAAUAUAAUCCCAUUUUAUUAACCAGUGUCUUUGCUGCUGACCUUUGAUGAUCCAGUUCAACCAUAAUAUUAGGCAAAAAUGACUUUAGAUAAACUAACAUUUGUGCUUCCUUGUUUUUUAAAUUGCUGAAGAGUGUUGUAAAGAAGUGCAUUUACUUUUCCUUCAGCCUGAGUCUGAUUCAGUUCACUUUUUGGUGUGAAAAGGCUUUUCUAUUUGCUAAAAAUAGAAAUUUUAACAAGCAAGCCCUGCCCUGAUUUUAAAAGUAACGCAAAAGUAAUGUAACGCAUUACUUUCCAUAGAAAGUAACUAAGUAACAUAAUUAGCUACUUUUUUAGGGAGUAGCACAAUACUGUAAUGAAUUACUUUUAAAAGUAACUUUCCCCAACACUGUACAUGUCAACCUAUUCUACUAACCCUAACCCUAAGUCUGCUAAUACUCUGAAUUAGUUAAUAUGCAGUUGCAAAGUUACUAACAGUCAUUCGAUUAUCUAAAGUGGACUGUCAAAAUAAACUUAGUUUUUAGUUUGUGAGAAUGCAACAAAAAACUCUAGACUGCAACCUGAAAUGAUCAUUUCUAAUGCAAUGUGGAAACUUUUUUAUUUCAGAUAAAUCACUGGCUAGUUACUUGUGUAAAAUAUCAAAAGUCCUUUGUGUAUUUAAACCCCUGAGAGCAGAAAUGAGCCAAUAAAGUGGCGAGAGCGUGAAGCAGCGCCAGCGGAGGGCGAGGCCGUGGGAAGACGGAGCCAAAAAAAACCCUGCCGCCCACGUCUCCUCAAACGCCAUCGCAUCCCUGGUUUUUGGCUUCUUUUUUUCCUGUUUUGUGCAAAUCAGUGUAAAAACAAGUGCAAAACCUCCAUGUGUUCUGAGAAGAAGAAACCAGGGAUGAAAUGGCCUUAUUCUGUAUUAUAGAUCAGUUGCCUCGUAUUCCUUCGGCUCAAACAGUAGAUCAUGGCGCUUGCAACAUUAAGGUCAUGAGUUCGAUUCCCAGGGAAUGCAUGAACUAUAUACCUUAAAUGCAAUGCAAGUCACUUUGGAUAAAAGCAUCUGCCAAAUGCAUUAAUACAAAUGAGUCAAACAGUAGAUCAUGGUUUGCAACGGCAAGGUUAUGUAUUCAAUUUUUAGGUAAUGCAUGAACAGACAAAAUGUAGUCCUUGUAUGCAAAGGAUAAAA